CUCACUAAGAUAUUCAGUUGCGGCCAACUUCGUCUCAGCACAAUGUGAGCCAAUUAUGCGGAGGAGACAGUAUUGGCUAACAAGAUGUAGCGUCAAGCAAACAAGAAUUCUCAUGUUUCCAAGGCAAGUCUGUUCCAUUUUUGGUGAUAUAAGACUGACCCAGUGGCCAGAAGUCAAGCAAAGAUCGAUCUGCCUCCUCGUCUCGCAUGGUAUGCACUUCUACUACUCCUACCAUGACAUACUAACGAUGCAUUUCUAGUUUGGAAGAACAUCAAAGCUAUCUCGUAGAGCACAGGAUGCUGACCAAGGCAGCGCUACUAUGACCAAGGCCAAGACUGCAGCAUCACAAGCAAAAAAGACGCGCAAGUCUGCCGAGAAGGCCAAGAAAGCGGCAGCACGUCUGUAGUGUGUCGUAGAUGGUC